CGGCGCGGGGAUAAGUAAAGUAAUGCAGUGUCGUCGGGGGAGCUGCCUGCUGUGAUCUGUGAUAAUUGUGUAGCAAGUAGCCAGUAACAAUUGACAGUACUACAGUGGAAAGAAUAGCGCGUGUAGGUAGUACGUGUCGUGGUUCGGAUUGAAAUAUUACGGCAUAAACGAAAAUGUCAUCGCCUGCGCAAGUGUUAAAAAGCGUCGGCCCAAAGCUAGUCCCAUUCUUUAAAAGCGUUUCCGUGUACUUUAUAUUACUGGCCGAGCAGCCGUCCCUGCUGACGGCCUGCUUCAAGUGUUUGCCAAUUAUAAGUCUUAUCGUCUUUGUUCUCCUACAUGGAAUUAGUUUGUCGCAGGAGUAUGCCUUCUCCAGGCGAAUAUUAACCGGAUUAAUAUUCAGCUGCAUAGGGGACGCGUUGUUGGUUUGGCCCAGUUGUUUCACGCCGGGGAUGUGCAUGUUCGCCAUCGCUCAGAUCAUGUACAUCAGCGCAUUCGGUUUCAUACCGCUUAACAUAAUCCUAGGUACAAUCCUGUACGCUAUGUGUUCGCUAGUCAUAUACGCUCUGAUGCCUGGCCUGAAUGGGGUUCUCGUGAUCGGUGUACCGAUCUACACCGUGCUACUCACCACCAUGGCGUGGAGGGCAAUAUCCAGAGUACAAUUUUACAAAGAGGUAUGGACGUGGACUAAAUUAUGCAGCUGCAUCGGCAGUAUAUGUUUCCUCGUGUCCGAUACUCUGCUCGGGUUCCAUUAUUUUCAUACUCCGUUACCUUAUUCUCAGGUUUCGAUAAUGUUAACGUACUACGCGGCUCAACUGGGGAUCGCUCUGAGCGCAGUUGGUUCCAAAACUGGCAGCAAUAGCAAUAGUGACGUUAAAAGCGACAACGAUGCAGCCCUGGCCAAGGGUUGAGGAGGCUCCUCUCUGUUUCUCAGAUUGUACAUAUUAUUACUCGAAGGAUACUGCUCAAAGCAACGAGAGGGAACGGAAGUAUCGUAGGAUCGUUUAUUGGACGUUUAGUUCGUACGUAUAAUAAUAAUAAUAUCGUUACGUUCCGAGUUAUUUUGAGCAGUACAUUAAAUCGAUGACCACUCAUAGACACAUUCGUGUAGCAUACUUGUUGUCGAGUUAAUCGGAAUUUUUGGUGAUAGUAAAAGGAGAAACCGUAAAGUCGCGAACACUGCCACUUUCCUAAGGCAAGAAUUUUUACCUGAUCAUUCGGUUUUAUCGGACGGCUCGAUUUAUUGCAUUUAAGACCCGAUGGACGUCAAGCGUGUUCGUACAUCGUGAACCGUUAGAACGUAAUUAUUUUCUUUUCACCCUGAUCACGGUACGACUGUGGCAUGCUCAAUGUAUUUGUUUAUUUCAACGAGCACGAGACGGAGACAAAUGAUUUCAGUAUUUUCUACAAGUUACUCAAACGCGGGACGAAUGUUUCCCGAAGUGUCGCGAUACACGUUCCGAACAAAAACGCAUUUCUUCUUUAAGCGCAGCAGCGAUUUCAACCGUUAAAUAUCUCAUAGAUAGACGAUAAAUGUUAGUCAAAACGUGUACAGGUAGAACAGUGUAAGUUAUAGAGACUCUAGCCGUUUCGCGUUUUCUUAACUCAACUUCGUUUUGCAGUUGCAUUUACUCUGAUACUACUAGAUGAUAGAUCAGACAAUAGCGUUGCAUUUAUCCUACAUAUUUACGAUAGAUAUCGAAGCGAACGUUCACUUGGACAAUUACGAUAUUACUUUCUCGACGAUAACUACUUUUUCCAAGUGUCCCGAGGGUCUUUUUCCCCUCGAGAAAUAUAUUUUCUAUCUUGGAAAUUGACUCGUAGACGACACGGCGUCAUUAAAGAGCAGAUCUCGAUGACAUAUCAAUUAAUGUUAAUGAUCGAACACACCACGUUUGAACUGUAUUGCGCGUACGUCGAUCAGAGCUGAAUACAAAUGAACGGAGACGAUUGAUCAAAGAUAAAAGUAUAUCGGACCGUGGCAUGAACGUAACGAGCCGACGGCUGCGAUUCAGUCGUCGUCCGAUUCAGCUCUCUAUCCUCGAACAGAUUGUAAAAACAUGCUAUUCAAUCUAUUUUAUUACAAGAGCGUAUACAAGUGUAGCAUAAUACGGACUCGUGAGUCGUGAAAUACAUUUAAGAAUCCAUGAUGUAUUUCUGGUAUGAAACACUCGUAGAAAUGUGAUACUAUACUGUACGUAUACUACUAUAGAUAUAGAAUACACUCUCUGGAUAUUC